UGCACCUUUGGAGCAACUCAGCAACUUCGAACUCGGAAUAAAACAACGUACUCCGGCCCGGAUCAUUUUCAUAUACGCAGUGGUUUAAAGUGCUAAUCCCCAAUACAAUCACCAGAUAAAGCUCCAAAAAACCAAAAACAUAAGUUGUCGGCCGAAAGACCCCCCAAUGAGCUCAGCACACAGGGCAAUCCGCCGCCACAAAUCAUGACUGCGAAGACGAUGAUAACCACACACACAGGCGGAUGUUUGUUAAAUGUGUAACUUGUAUAUUUGAUGGAUGUGUGAAAUUGUGAGGGAGUCGCCAGUUUUGUCGUCGAGUCCAAGUGGGAGUCAGUGUUUGAUCGAGUGAUUGAAUCGGCUCGGCAACGAUGAGCGUCGUAGCGGCGUCUGGCAGUCAACAAGUCGUGAAGGAAGGAUGGCUCCAGAAGAGAGGGGAACACAUUAAAAAUUGGAGAUCGAGAUAUUUCGUGCUUCGGGAUGAUGGGACACUCGUGGGCUUCAAAUCAAAACCCGAUCAGCAAAUGGCAGCAACAGCACAACCGCUUAAUAAUUUCACUGUGCGGGGAUGUCAGAUCAUGUCCGUUGACCGACCAAAACCCUUUACCUUCGUCAUUCGGGGAUUGCAGUGGACUACAGUUAUCGAGAGGACAUUUCAUGUGGAGACUGAGCAGGAGAGGGAGGAUUGGGUUGCAGCAAUUAGAUACGUAGCCGAUAGAUUAGCUAGUGAAGAACAACACUUACAGCAACCCUCAAUGCAACUAUCAUCCUCAUCUGAAGACGUUGAGAUGGAAACGACUGGUGGUGGUGGUGGAAGAUCAGACUCUGGCAGUUCCCUCGGUAUCAUCUCGACCGAUGGUCAUGGCAGUAUCGACGAGCUCUCAGCUAAAUUCAGCGUGCAGGGAACAUCGAGUAGUAAAAGCAGUGGCAAGAAGAAAGUCACUCUGGAGAACUUUGAAUUUCUAAAAGUCCUCGGCAAAGGUACAUUCGGAAAAGUCAUUUUGUGUCGUGAGAAAGCCACAGGUCAUUUAUAUGCCAUCAAAAUACUGAGGAAAGAAGUGAUCAUUAGAAAAGACGAGGUUGCCCACACAUUGACGGAAAAUCGGGUAUUACGUACUACAAGUCAUCCAUUCUUAAUAUCUCUCAAAUACAGUUUCCAAACAGCAGAUCGACUAUGUUUUGUCAUGGAAUACGUCAACGGUGGAGAGUUAUUUUUCCACUUGAGUCGCUCGCGAGUGUUUGGAGAAGACAGAACGAGAUUCUACGGAGCUGAGAUUAUAUCAGCCCUUGGGUAUCUUCACUCACAAGGCAUUAUUUAUCGUGAUCUCAAGCUCGAGAAUUUGCUUCUCGAUAAGGAUGGACACAUCAAAAUCGCUGAUUUUGGACUAUGCAAAGAGGACAUUACCUAUGGAAGAACGACGAAAACCUUCUGUGGGACACCCGAAUAUCUGGCACCGGAAGUGCUCGAGGAUAAUGAUUAUGGACGAGCUGUCGAUUGGUGGGGUGUCGGUGUCGUUAUGUACGAGAUGAUGUGCGGACGUCUUCCAUUUUACAAUCGUGAUCAUGAGAAAUUAUUUACACUCAUACUGUUAGAGGAAGUCAAAUUUCCAAGGACUAUCUCCAAUGAGGCUAAGGAUCUGCUUGGUGGUUUAUUGAUCAAAGACCCAAGUAGACGACUAGGUGGUGGUCCAAACGAUGCAAAAGACAUAAUGAGCCACGCAUUUUUCUCAUCAAUCGACUGGUCAGACCUUGUCCAGAAGAAAAUAGCUCCACCAUUCAAGCCUCAAGUAACUUCCGAAACCGACACACGAUACUUUGACAGUGAAUUCACUGGUGAAAGUGUUGAAUUGACUCCCCCAGAUCAGGGAUGCCUAGGUAGUGCUGGUGGUUUGAACUCAAUCGCCGAAGAGCAAGAACAUUUUCCCCAAUUUUCUUAUCAAGAGAGUCACUCGGCUGCUACAUCUUCCAUUUCAGUGUCAAUCACCCACUGACCUACAUUGUCAGUGGGUGAUUGUUUAACAAUUCUACAAGACAAUGAUAAAACCAAUAAGAACAGAGUAUAAGUUUCGUUUGCUGCAUGUUUUAUGGUUAUUUAAAAAACCACGUAUGAAAAAAUUUGAUUGAAAAAAAUUUACUACUUUCUUGAACAAAUUCUAUAACAAAUUUCAUUUAUUCCUUGCGCCAAUUCUAUUCAAGAUUAUGCAUUUUUACUCUGUCAUUUUGUUAAAACAUUAACAUUUUCAUUUUCCUAUAAAAAAAAACAAAAACUUUUUUGGGCAUAAAUUGUCCAAGUUUUAUUAGUUUAUCAUAAUACAAUGCAAGGAAAACAAAAGAAAAAAAAAACUUGUGAAAUUCUUGUUCAACAAUUGUUAUAGAAAUAAUCGCAAUGAAAUGCAUUGAAUGGAAAAAUAAACAUGUAUAUACAUGUUUUUUCUUUCAAGUUACAUAAUUUUUAAUACGAUUGGUGCAAAAAAACCAAUAGAAUUUUCUAAUAGAAAAGUUGAAUAGAUUUUUUUGUUAAAUCUUUGCAUACGUGAUUAUUCGGUUAUGAAGGUAAUUAUGUUGUUGUGUAUGUCCGUAAUUAAUGGUACCUUAUCGUGUACGUUAAGAUGAAUCAAUUGAAAAUUGAAAUGAAAAUUAAUUGUAAAAAGAAAGGUAAAUUUUGCUGAUGAAAGGCUGGGCGAAUGAAUAAUCAGUUACAUUGGUGCAUUUUUUGUUUUUGUUUCUAUUUUGUGGUAACAACAACUAUGUAGCAUACAAAAAUGAAAUGAAAAUGGUGAGAAUGAGAUGAAUUAUAACCAUAGGAAAUUGAAUAUAUUAUACGCUACUAUAAUUAUAUAUUAUAAAUAUAUUUAUAUUUUAACAAUUAAAGUAAUUACAAUACGGUG